UUAAGGGCAGUGAAGACGAGCGAUGAAGCCCUUUAUUGGCUUACUUCUUUUGCCCCUUUUGCUUGAAAACAUUUUGGCUGAAGAAGUCGACGAGUUUGAAGAGCCGCCAGAACCAAGAAGCAAAUGGAAAGAAGACUAUGGAGACUACAAUUAUGCCGGACAGCUCUACUAUUAUGUCGCCGCUACCAAAGUUGAGAGCGAUCAAGGACUUGUGAUCUCCCCGCUGGGAGUUUCGCAAGUCCUGGGAUUGCUCCUUUUUGCCGCGGGCCCGAAAACAGCGUUGGAAAUCGAUGAUUUCUUGUACCCAAAAAAUGCCAGUGCAAGUGGCUUGGAUGCUCGGCCUCUUCUUCAAAGCGGCGACCUCACCUCCGUGACUGUGGCUGCGCUGCGUCCGGAUGUAUAUAUAGAUCCUGACUUCCUGAAAAAUGCUGCCGAGCUGGAUUCCUUUGUUUACAGGACACCAUUUGCCCAACGAGAUAUUAGGCGUUUCAAUAGUUUUCUUAAACUCAAAUCCCAUGGAAAGUUCAAUGAGGACCUUCAGGAAUUAUUUGAAGAUUAUAAUCCUGCAAACCGCUUGCUGUUCUUCAACAUCCUGGAUUUUAGAGCCCAGUUCAAGUAUGGAUUCGAGGUUGAAAAGCGGGUUUUGUCAGCCAAACGGACUUUGGCAUGGCACGGAUUUAUACCGGAGCUUAGGAGCCAGGUCCUGGGAUUAAGUCUCAAGGAUUCCAGUGCGCUUCUGCUGAUCCUGCUUCCCAGUCAAAGAACUAAAAUUGAGGAGGUAGAGCGACGAUUGCCCACAGUGGAUAUUCGAAAGCUUCGCAGCCGCUUGAAUAUAACCCUGAUGAACAUUAUCUUACCGAGGGUACAAUGUGGACAGCUUUUAAAUUUACGAGAGCCACUGCAAAAGGCGGGCAUUAUCACUGUAUUUAUAAAGACCGCCGCCGACCUGGAUGCUUUCAAAACGGAGUUGCCAUUGGAUGAUGUUAUAGUUUACACGGAAAUAGACAUCUUUACUCGAGGCAUCAAUGCGGAAAGGGAAAGGAGUGAACAGCUGAAGGUGGAUAGUUCGGAUGCUUUUUCCCAGGAGAUAAGACCACUGAAGUUUGAGCCUCUAAAGCCGUUUAUUUAUGCGGUUGUAGAUUCCCACCAUGUCUACUUGAUGGGACGCCAUUUUCCGGCUUUGUGAUGGAGAACUGCUCUAGUUUAUUUUGAAUAAUAAAUCUUUCGAAAUGUUACAAUUCUGUUUCUGUAACUGUAAUAAAAUUGUUCUAUUUAAUUGA